GAGCGGGCUCGGCGCUUCCGGUUGUAGCGGCAGACUUGCCAAGAGAGAACUGCCAAUCCCAUAGGAGAAUCUCGCUGCCGGACACCGAAGGGAUGCAAACACCAGCGACAUGGAGAGAGAAUGUGAGAAGUCUGUAGUUGUCGCAGUUGUGACCGAGCCUCGGUUUACCCAGAGAUACAGAGAGUACCUCGAGAGGCAGAAACUCUUGGAUAGACAGCACCGUGUGGAAAAGCUGCGGGAUGGCACGGUGGCGCUACCGGUGCUGGCGGAAACCCUUUCUGAACAGCAUCUGCAGGAGCUGAGGAAUCGUGUUGCCCCGGGCAGCACCUGUAUGCUGACGCAGCUCCUGGAUCCUCUUCCUUCUAAAAAGGCCCGGGUUUGCUCACCUGCUCAAAGACUGUGUCUUGAGGUGAGACGUUGGGUAGAGGAUCGUGGAGUGACGUGGUCCGCUGACUUGGAGGCAGAUUUGCCCCGGUCUUGGCAACGGCAUGGUGACCUGCUGCUUCUUAGUGAAGAUUGUUUCCAAGCCACGCAGUGGAAAGGUCUGGAACCAGAACUCUGGGAGACUGUUGCCUCAGCCCUUGGAGUCCAGCGUUUGGCAAAACGAGGGCGGGUGUUACCUGAUGGCACUCGAACUCCGUCAGUGACUCUGCUGCUGGGUGACCAUGGCUGGGUAGAGCAUAUGGAUAAUGGCAUCCGGUAUAAGUUUGAUGUGACACAGUGCAUGUUCUCCUUCGGAAACAUCACUGAGAAACUUCGAGUGGCAUCACUGUCCUGUGCUGGAGAAGUGCUGGUGGAUCUCUAUGCAGGGAUUGGUUAUUUUACAUUGCCCUUCCUAGUUCAUGCUGGUGCGGCCUUCGUCCAUGCCUGUGAAUGGAAUCCUCAUGCUGUAGUUGCCCUGAGAAACAAUUUGGAGAUCAAUGGAGUGGCAGACCGGUGCCAAAUACAUUUUGGGGACAACAGGAAACUGAAGCUCUCAAACACUGCAGAUCGGGUGAACCUGGGGCUCAUUCCCAGUUCUGAAGAAGGCUGGCCCAUUGCCUGCCGAGUGCUGCGGAAAGAUGUUGGGGGUAUUCUGCAUAUCCACCAAAAUGUGGAAUCUUUCUCAGGAAAGAAUCCACAGCCACCUGGAAACAGUAAGGUGGAAAAAGAACAUUGGCCUCGUCCCCAGAAAAUUACCACUGAUAAACGGGGAAAUGGAACUACUGGGAAUUUCAGGGGGGAAAUGUCAUCACCCAGCAAACCAGAGUGGCAGAGAUGGGCAGAAUCUGCAGAAACUCAGAUCGCCUCUCUUCUUCAUCAAGUGCAUGGGAAGCCAUGGAGGACUCGAAUCCUGCAUAUCCACCCAGUGAAGUCUUACGCCCCGCACGUGGAUCACAUAGUCCUAGAUCUGGAAUGCCGUCCCUGUCCUCUGAUUGGCUAGAAGGGGUUGAUUUAGUGACACAACAGAGCCAGCUGUGUGGCCCUUAGUUCUUCAGCUAGGGCUACGUUCCUACCCUUCUGUUUUCUGGUGACCUUUUAAAGUGAUUUGUGGUCUGAAAUGAACUCUAGAUCCAUCCAAAGAAUUUGUCAUCAGACGACAAAUUCUUUGAUGAUUGAGAAUGAUUGAGAAUGUAUUAAAGUAUCAGAGGAAA